UUCCAGCCGCCUAGGAUGAGGAGGUGCGGCCGCCACUCGGGGCCGCCGUCGCCGCUGCUGCUGCUGCUGCUCCCGCCGCUGCUGCUGGCGGUGCCCGGCGCUGGCGCGGCCCGGCUCUCGGUGCUUUAUUCGUCUUCAGACCCGCUGACGCUGCUGGAUGCGGACACCUUGCGCCCGGCUGUGCUCGGCUCCAGCAGCGCCUGGGCGGUGGAGUUCUUCGCCUCCUGGUGUGGUCACUGCAUCGCCUUCGCUCCGACGUGGAAGGAGCUCGCCAACGACGUCAAGGACUGGAGGCCAGCACUCAAUCUUGCUGUCCUGGACUGUGCUGAUGAGGCCAAUAGUGGUGUCUGCAGAGACUUCAACAUUGCUGGCUUCCCCACUGUGAGGUUUUUUAAGGCCUUUUCCAAGAAUGGUUCUGGAACAUCAUUACCAGCGGCUGGUGCUAACGUGCAGACGCUGCGUAGGCGGCUCAUUGAUGCUCUGGAGUCCCACCAUGACACAUGGCCCUCAGCCUGUCCACCCCUGGAGCCAGCCAAGCUGCAGGAGAUCAAUGAAUUCUUUGCAGGAAAUAACACGGAGUACCUGGCCCUGAUCUUUGAAAGGGAAGACUCCUACCUGGGUAGAGAGGUUAUGCUAGACUUGUCCCAGUACCAUGCCAUGGCAGUGCGAAGGGUCUUGAAUACAGAGGGCGACGUGGUGAGCAAGUUUGGUGUCACUGACUUUCCAUCCUGCUACCUGCUGUUUCGGAAUGGCUCUGUCUCCCGAGUGCCUGUGCUGGUGGAGUCCAGGCCUUUCUAUACAGCCUACCUACGGGGCCUCUCUGGACUGACCAGGGAGGCUCCCCCAACUACAGCUGCACCAGUCACUGCUGAUAAAAUAGCACCCACUGUGUGGAAGUUUGCAGACCGCUCCAAGAUCUACAUGGCUGACCUGGAAUCGGCACUACACUACAUCUUGCGUGUAGAAGUGGGAAAGUUCUCAGUUCUGGAGGGACAACGCCUGGUGGCCCUGAAAAAGUUUGUAGCAGUAUUGGCCAAGUACUUCCCUGGCCAGCCUUUGGUCCAGAACUUCUUGCACUCCAUAAACGACUGGCUCCAGAAGCAGCAGAGGAGGAAGAUCCCCUAUAGUUUCUUCAAAGCUGCUCUGGACAGCAGGAAGGAGGGCUUUGUUCUUGCUGAGAAGGUGAACUGGGUUGGCUGCCAGGGCAGUGAACCACAUUUCAGGGGCUUUCCCUGCUCCCUGUGGGUCCUCUUCCAUUUCCUGACUGUGCAGGCACAUCGGCACAGUGAAAACCACCCUCAAGAACCAGCUGAUGGCCAGGAGGUCCUUCAGGCCAUGCGGAACUAUGUUCGGUACUUCUUUGGCUGUCGCGACUGUGCUAACCAUUUUGAGCAGAUGGCUGCUGCCUCCAUGCACCAGGUGGGAAGUCCCAGUAGUGCAGUCCUCUGGCUCUGGACUAGCCACAACAGGGUUAAUGCUCGCCUCUCAGGCGCUCUGAGUGAGGACCCCCACUUCCCCAAGGUUCAGUGGCCACCCCGUGAGCUAUGUGCUGCCUGCCAUAAUGAACUCAACGGACAGGUGCCUGUGUGGGACCAAGGUGCCACCUUCAACUUUCUCAAGGCUCACUUCUCCCCAGCGAACAUCCUCAGAGACUCUCCUACAGCUGGACCAGCAUCCCAGAAUCCAGAAGCUAACCCAGAGCUGGUAAUAGAUGCAGUAGAACUGGAGACCAGAAACUCUGUGCUGAGCCAUGAGCAGGCUGCUUCUGCAGAGUCCCCUGGGGCAACUGCCCUAGCUGUUCCACCUGAGAAGCCUGAAGCAAGUGGCCCCCAGGAACUAAACACAGGCCUUAGUACGAGUGGAGCUCCACCAGGGCAGGGCACUCCUGGGCGUGUGGAGGAGCUGCAGAGGAAUGUGCAGGAGAAUGCCCAGGUCCAGCAGCACUUGAGCAGGAGAGACACUGAGACCUUACUGCCGCCUGAGGUGAACCACCUCCAAGGCUCUUUAGAGCUAAGGCGAGGAGGCCGCAGCCCCAAGCAGCUAGCCAGUGUACUUGAAGGGGAGCCAGAAGCCCUAGCUGGACAGGGCCAAGGCCAGUGGCUACAGGUUCUGGGAGGAGAGUUUUCCCACCUGGACGUUAGUCUCUGUGUCGGGCUCUACUCUGUAUCCUUCAUGGGCUUACUGGCUAUGUACACCUACUUCCGGGCCAGGAUGCGGACCCUGAAGGGCCAUGCCAGUCAGCCCACAGCCUGAACUGUCCAGGGAGAGGACAGAAAGGGAGUUGCCAUCCAUAGGACCGUUCUGUCCUGCUGGCUCUUUUGCUUCCCCUCUACCCCUUGGUUCAUGGUAUAGUUUAGGAGCGCUGCAAGCCCAAGAAAGCGAGUUGUGACAGUGAACCCCUUGAGUCUACUGUGAAGAGGGGUUCCAUAAACAGAACAGAAGCACAGUGCCAGUCUCAUCUGAGCAGCAUGGGGUAGGGGGAGCAGAAGGUGG